AUGACGAGAAUGGAAAGGAGUGAUGCUCGUCGUGUCUGCAAAAAGGGAAAGAACCUUCGAUGUACAAUAUACGGCAUACACCAAACAGCGAAGGGCAGGAACGGACGGAAACAGAAGCUAUCUGGCGGUCCGCCGAUCCUUUUCCCCUUAGACCGUAGCCCUUCACCAGAGGCAGGAACGAUGAAGAACCACACCACACUAGAGGCCACAGCUAUCUGUGCUGACAUUUCUGUACGAGGUCUUUGGAGUAUCCUGUGCUACGACGACGAUGGUGGUCCACGACGGACGGCGUAG